AUGUCAUCAAUCAUGUCGAACAAUGGAAAUCGUAAGAGAGCAGCACCAACCUCUGGACGCUCAUAUAAAGUUAGGAAACCUCGUAAACAUCACUCUGAUGAUGAAGAUAGUAAUGACUCCUCAGUGUCUGAUCAAGGACAGGAGCCACAAAGAGAACCUUCACCCCUGCCAGAUGAACCAACAGAAAAAUUGCCAGAAGAGCUAUUAAAGACUUUCUAUAAAAGCCCUGGGAUGCUAAUGAUUGCUGGCUUGGUUUCCUGGGAUUUAGUUGCAAAGAGGGACAAUAAUCCUUCCAAAAAGACACACCCUAAUUUAUACACAUUCCAUAAAUUUACAGACCGGAAGUACCGAUUAAUAGUCAGUGGCUGCAGCGCUGGUCAUUCAAUUCUUGUGUCUGAUGAAGGAGAAGUAUACACAUUUGGUCGUAAUACAUGUGGUCAACUUGGCUUUGGUGAUACCACUACAAGAAAUGUGCCAGAAGCAGUGCCAACCCUCAAAGGUUUCAAUAUAAUUCAAGCAGCUGCUGGAAGGAAUCAUAGCUUAUUUGUAACAGACACGGGCACAGUCUACGCUUGUGGUGAUAAUAAAAGUGGCCAGUGCGGCCUCGGUAACACCACACCCCAGGUCCUGAAGCCCACACGCAUCAGAUACACAGGUGCUCCCAUAGUGAAGGUGGGAUGUGGGGCAGAAUUCUCCAUGAUAUUGGACUGCAAUGGGGCUUUACAUUCCUUUGGGCUUCCAGAAUAUGGACAACUAGGUCAUAACACAGAUGGAAAGUACUUUUUGACGUCUACAAAGCUCUCAUAUCACUUUGAGACUGUUCCGAAACAUAUUGCAUUCUUCUUUGAGAAGUCUAAAGAUGGUCAUGUGACUCCAAUAAAAGAUGUCGUCAUUGUUGACUUCUCCUGUGGAAACAAUCAUACAGUGGCGAUAGAUUCAUCAAAGCGCGCAUUCAGCUGGGGCUUCGGCGGAUUCGGUCGGCUCGGGCACGCGGAACAGAAGGACGAGAGCGUGCCGCGUCUCAUCAAGUACUUCGACUCGCACGCGCGCGGUGUGCGCUCCGUGCACUGCGGCGCUACCUACAGCCUCGCCAUCAACGAACUGGGUGCAUUGUUUAUGUUUGGACAAACAAAACGUACUGGAGAAGCCAAUAUGUAUCCUAAACCUGUCCAAGAUCUAACUGGCUGGAACAUACGCAGUGUGGGAACAAGCAACACAUCCAUCGUGAUAGCUGCUGACGAUUCUUUGAUUGCUUGGGGUGUUUCUCCAACAUAUGGCGAGUUGGGUACUGGCGACAUAAAUAAAUCGACAGCCAGGCCUAAGGAAGUGAGCCGAAUGGAUGGACUUAACAUUACUCAAGUGGCGAUGGGUUACUCUCACACUCUACUGCUCUGUGAUGAUUCAUCCGAUGAAGUGAAGACAAAGUUGGCCUCUAUGCCCACUUUCGAUCCUUAA